AUGGCUAAUCAGAUACAGCAAGGUGAUCCCAGUGCAGUGUCCAGCCUAAACACGCAUGUAAUCGAUGAAAAGGAGUUGGAAACAUGGAUAUAUCCGAUAAACUAUCCGCUUCGAGACUACCAGUUUAAUAUUAUCAGUCGUGCCUUGUUUGCAAACACAUUGGUUGCUCUUCCAACUGGUUUGGGAAAAACUUUUUUAGCUGCUGUCGUCAUGUACAAUUAUUAUAGGUGGUUUCCAGAAGGGAAAAUCAUUUUUAUGGCUCCUACAAAGCCAUUAGUAGCUCAACAGAUUGAAGCAUGCUUCAAGAUCACUGGCAUUCAUCAGGAUAUGACGUAUGAGUUGACAGGAACCACCAAGUCAGAGACGCGCAUUGGGAUCUGGAAACAAAAACGUGUGUUUUUCCUAACACCCCAAGUAAUGCAAAAUGACUUGCGAUCUGCAGCGUGUUCAGCUGAUAAGGUUGUCUUACUGGUAGUUGAUGAAGCACAUAGAGCAACUGGAAACUAUGCCUAUUGCGAAGUCAUUCGCGAACUUUCAAAAGCUAGUUCUCCUUUUCGUGUCUUGGCACUCAGUGCAACACCUGGCAGCGAUAUGAAAGCUGUUCAGCAUGUUGUAAACAAUCUUCUAAUUCAGCACAUUGAAAUUCGCACAGAAGAUUCGUUUGACAUUCGGCCGUUUAUUUUUAGUCGGCAAAUUGAAGAGAUUAUUGUUAGUCUCACACCACAGAUUACACGGAUCGUUGAUGCUUUUGCCAAGGUGGUUUCCAUUUUUCUUGUUCGAUUAUGCAAUCACGGUGUGUUUUACGAGAAGGAUCCUCGGGCAGUAUCUCGAUAUGCUCUUCUUGAUGCUCGCAAACGAUGGAUCGAUAACCACAAGGAUGCAAACCGUGCACAAAUUUCAUCCAUUAUGAAUGAUUCUGGAAUUUGCAUGGCAAUGUGUGCGGCUUUACAGCAGCUCCAAACUUAUGGCAUCCGUUCUUUUUAUGACACAGUUAGUAGUUUUUUAGCAGAAGCACCUUCAGAAAAAAAUUCACGUAGUCGUUCUGAACUAGUGGAAAACUCGGAUUUAAAAGCACUCAUGAUCCACGUAAAUGAAAUUACCAAAAGUCCUGAUUUUUCAAGUCACCCAAAAUUAGAUCGACUUGUUGCUGUCGUUUUAGAGCAUUUUUCAAAAGAGCUGCCCGAUAACGGAGACGAAGGUUCGAGUGAUGCUAGCUUGUCCAAGUCUCGCGUCAUGAUUUUUUCUCAAUACAGAGACAAUGUCGAUGAAAUUGUGACAAAACUCAAUCAACACCACCCAUUCCUGCGAGUCAUGUCGUUUAUUGGUCAGUCAUCAAGUAAAAGCGGCAAAAAGGGGAAAGGAUUUACACAAAAGGAGCAAUUGGAGGUAAUUUCCAAAUUCCAAUCUGGAAACUACAACGUCUUGGUAUCUACAUCCAUUGGCGAGGAAGGGCUAGAUAUUGGUGAUGUUGAUCUCAUUGUCUGCUACGAUGCACAGACUUCACCAGUUCGUAUGCUUCAACGAAUGGGUCGAACAGGUCGUAAACGCCAAGGUAGAAUUGUUGUCAUUCUUUCAAAGGGCAAAGAGGAGGAGAUUCAUCGUAAAGCUCAGGCCCAAUACAAGAGUAUCCAGCGUGCCAUUAUGGAUGGACAAGGAAAACGAAUUCAAAUGUAUUCGGGUAAUUUAUCUCGAAUCAUUCCAUCUAAUGCCAGACCUGUCUGCGACAAGCGUGAGCUUGAGAUU